AUGGAUGGAACUGCCGACCCCAACAUACAAGUCAUGUUCCAGACGAUCCUCUCUUUAAUGGAGAAAUCGCAACAAGACGUGGCAGAGCUGAGGCAGGAAUGCGCUGAGCUCCGCGCCGCGAAUACGAGCCUGGAGCACCAGGUCCGGGAGGGAUUGCAGCACAAUAACAACAAUAACCACCGGUCGUCGGGGUUCAUCACUCCCGUGCCCUCGAGCCCGCAACUCCGCUCGCGCUCCCCGUUCUUGUCACCCAGCACCCCCGUGUCGGUCCCCGCCUUCCCGUCGUCGCACGCGCACCACCCCUCCCCGCUCGGCGACAACGUGCUAUCCUCGUUCCCGUUUGUGGUCUCUCGCGAUAUCCCAGGCUUCUACGUCGUUAUCCCUGCUGGCGGCGCGGGCACCCGCCUCUGGCCGCUCUCCCGUGAGGGCCACCCAAAGUUCCUGCUUGAUCUCACUCUCAAAGGCCGCUCGCUUAUCCAGGCGACGUGGGACCGCCUUCUCCCACUUGCCUCGCCGUCUCGCACCACCAUCGUCGCCGGCCCGAGCCAUGUCAAGACGAUCCACGAGCAGCUCCCGGAUUUAGUUGCUGACAAUCUGUUUUGUGAGCCUGGGCCAAAGGAUUCUAUGGCUGCCAUCGGUCUCGCCGCAGCCAUUCUCGCACACCGAGAUCCUAAUGCUGUAAUUGGCUCCUUCGCUGCGGACCAUAUGAUUUCAGGCGACGACGCGUUCCUUUCUGCUGUUGCAGAGGCUGUCGUCGUUGCCCAGAAGGAUUACCUGGUGACAAUCGGUAUCGCCCCGUCCCAUCCGUCCACAGGCUUCGGUUAUAUCCGCCUCGGCGACAAGCUCCCCAUCGACGAGGCCCCCAACGCGCGUCUCGUGUCGAGUUUCAAGGAAAAGCCCGAUGCCCGGACCGCCGCUGCAUACAUCGCGACGGGCAAGUACCGCUGGAACGCGGGCAUGUUCGUCACAAAGGCUACAUUCCUCCUUGAGCUGCUCAAGGAGUACAAGCCUGAGCUCCAUGAUGGCUUGCAGAAGAUUGGCCAGGUGUGGGAUAAUGACAAGGAGCGCCAGAAGGUGCUGGAAGAGGUGUGGCCUGAGCUCGAGAAGAUCCCUAUUGAUAAUGCCGUGGCGGAGCCUGCUGCUGCUGAGGGGCGCGUUGCUGUUGUUCCUGCCACCUUUGGGUGGGAUGACGUUGGUGAUUUCUCGUCGUUGGCGGAUCUUAUUCCUGCGGAAGCAAAUCAGCCUCGUGUAUUGGGUGAUAAUAGUCUUGUUCUAACUGAGCAAGUCGCAGGAGGUAUCGUCGUGCCAGGGUCCGGUCGACUCAUCUCUUGUCUGGGCGUCGACGAUCUGGUCAUUGUCGACAUGCCGGACACUCUCCUUGUCACUACUCGUGCGCGAUCUCAAGAGGUCAAGCGACUUGUUAAGAAGGCCAAGGACGCUGGAUGGAAACACCUUCUAUGA